AUGCAGCAAAGAAAACACCACCAACAACCCCACCCUUUUCUCUCCCCUCAGCAGCAACAGCAGCAGCAACAGCAGCAGCAGCAACAGCAGCAGCAGCAACAGCAGCAAGAGGACCGCUUCAACGCCAUCAACACCAACUACACCAGCAGCAGCAGCAGCAGCAGCAGCAGCAGCAGCAGCAGAGAUACAGCAGCAGCAGCAGCAGCAGCAGCAGCAGCAGUUCAUCUAGAACCCAAGUAUACCAUGAGGGUUUAA